GAUGUAUAAUGUUUUUUCCCGUCUUACUUUUAAGGAAAUUGCUGUAAUGCUGACGAGGGCAAACCAUGUGUAGCCUGUGGGUGGCAUGGUCAGGAGUGCUGUUGCUUUUUGUAACGUUUGAAAUCGACUCCACGCCAGCAGGUGUUUUCACUCAUCCAGCUCUCAAACCAGCAAUGUCUCCGGUGGUCCAGAACCAGCCUUUCAACAUUUUCUGGGCUGCCCCCACCACACAGUGUAACCAUUUCUUCGAUGUGGAUCUACAGCUUCAAUUAUUUAAUAUUAUAUCGAAUCCUUCAGAGACUCAAAGCGGAUCAAAAAUGACCAUAUUUUAUCCUAAUGAAUUAGGAUAUUACCCUUAUUUUUCUAAUGACAGAAAACCUUUUAACGGAGGCAUACCACAGAAUAUGAGCCUUUCUAAGCAUCUUGAGAAAACUGCUGAUGACAUUGCAACAGUUAUCCCUUGGUGGAGAUCCGAAGGACUUGUUAUCAUUGAUUGGGAAAACUGGAAACCCCAAUGGGAUAGAAAUUGGGGCAAUAGAAUAAUAUAUAAAAACUACUCCUUAGCCUUCACGAGAAACCACCAUCCUGAUUGGUCAGAAAUGAAAGUGAAAACAGUCGCUCGACAGGAAUUUGAAAAUGCUGGAAAGAAUUUUAUGAACAUUACUCUCACACUGGCUUCAGAAAUGAGACCCAAAUGUUUAUGGGGCUUUUAUCUCUAUCCAGACUGCUACAAUUAUGAUUACAGGAUAAACCCACAGAGCUAUACAGGUAAUUGCCCAAAUGAUGAGAUUUUCCGUAAUGACCGACUCCAGUGGCUGUGGGCAAAAAGCAGUGCACUUUAUCCUUCAAUAUAUUUGGAUAAAAUAUUGAAGUCAAGUUUAAAUGCUUUGAAAUUUGUUCAUUACCGACUUAGAGAAGCCAUGAGAGUUGCUGAAAUGGCUCGAUCUGACUAUGCUUUGCCAGUUUUUAUAUUUUCCAGACCAUUUUAUUUACACAGCAUUGAAGCUUUGUCACAGGAAGACUUAAUGCAUACAAUUGGUGAGAGUGCGGCUUUGGGGGCAGCAGGAGUGAUACUGUGGGGAGGCUAUGAAUAUUCUGCUUCAAAGGAGACCUGUUUAUCUGUGCAACAAUCUAUUCUAGGAUCACUGGGCUAUUAUAUUGUUAAUGUGACAUCUGCAGCCACACUCUGCAGUAGAAGUCUAUGUAACAAUAAUGGAAGGUGUGUCCGGAAAACACCUGAAUCCUCCUCCUAUUUGCAUAUGCCUGAAAGCAGCAGGAAGAAAUACCUUCCAAAUAAAAGCUUCAGAUUCAUCAUUUCUCAAGAAAAAAAGCUGAAGGCAGUAAAAGACAUGAAGAAUGAAUUUGUGUGUCAGUGCUAUUACGGCUGGCACGGAGAGUCUUGCAAGCAACACUCUUCAGACUUGUUGGCAAGGAAGAAUAAGGCUUCUACUGUUAACUUGAAUCUAUCUGUUUUUCUCAGUGUGACCUUAUCUGUGAUUAUGCUGAUUUUUUUCUUAUCCCCUACUAUAAAGUCAAUUUUUCCUUGAAAUAUUUAAAAAU